GUUGGAGGCAUGGGAAGCAUCAAAAUAGCCCAGUCCAAACCCAAAAGGAACGCCUCCCAAACCCUUGUGAAACGAGAGCGAGCCACGGUAUACAAACAUCACGGUUCCGUUCGCGGGGAAAAAAAACACAAUAAUCUAUAUCUACCGACCCAACAGCUAUACGGCAGUACAAGUGGACGGAAGAAAAGAAAGCCUAGAACCAGAGUGGGUUCCUGGUGUUGCUGAGGAUGGAGACUAGAGUUGGUCUGGGGAACAAAAAGGAGAGGAGGGAGGAUGAAGAGCGGCCGGGCCUUGGCUUUGGCCGUGGUUCAGACUCCACUCCAUUUGCUCCUCAAAAGCUGAUACGGACGGCUGGGCUUCCCUUCCUUUCUUCUUGUACCAGCAGGGAUGGCAGCAGCGUCCCAACUUCGACCCCGUCCCUCAGUAGCGGCCCCACCUUAUUUCUGAACGAUGCCUGCGAUGGUGGAAGAGCUCUGCAGCCUUUUCCCACUCCCUUCAAAUCCCCAGGCAUGGGAAUGGGCGUAGGUGGCUGGGAUCUGAGAGGGUUUCCCUUUACUUCGGCGCAGUGGCAGGAGCUCCAGCGCCAGGUUCUGAUCUACAAGCACAUCAUAUCUUCUGUUCCUGUCCCCCUUGACCUCCUCUUCUCCAACUCUCCUCCCCAUCACCUCCUCCCAAAUCUGGUGGCGGGUGGAGGCGGUGGUGCGUUUGACUUGAAGUUUUCCAACAGAAUGGAUCCGGAGCCGUGGAGGUGCCGGAGGACUGACGGGAAGAAGUGGAGGUGCUCGAGGAAUGCGGUGCCGGACCAGAAAUACUGCGAGCGCCACCUGCACAGGGGUCGCCCUCGUUCAAGAAAGCCUGUGGAAGUUAGCAACACCAAACCCACCUCCACCAACGUUCCUCCAACCACGGCAGUCUCGUCCAACUCACCAAACACCACCACCAUUGCUACCAGCCUUUCUAAGCCGCUUCCAUCUCAAUCCUCUGGCCUCUGCCCUAAGGAUGAGUUGAAGAUUCCAUUCCAAUCCUUGGAACCAAACAGGGAACCAAGGUUCUUGGAUUGGAUGAAAGGGAAUAAUGAGGAGAUGGAAACAAGCUUGCAGUGGGAAUUGAUGCAUUCGAAGAUUGGGAUGAGUCAUGGCACCGCUCCCGUUCUCCAAUACUAUGAGGACCAGCUGAUGAACUAUACUGCGUUUCUUAAUCCCGAUCUCUGCUCAUCACUUGAAGAAGACACCAUGGACCACAGCAGAGAAACCCCCAGGAGCUUCAUCGAUGCUUGGUCCAUGGAGAACACCGCUGCCACCGCGGAAGAUGGAACCUCAACAUCUGUUCCCCCAACCGGCGAGAUUCCGCUGUCAACCCCUACUCUUUCCAUGUCUGGCGCGGGAGAAGGCAGUGAUCAUCAAAUCCAAACGGCCCCUGUUUCGCCGCUUAGCGGUCCUCUCGGUGAGGUUCUCCAGACGAGCAAUGCAACGUCUCCUCGGCAAGUGUCCGGUGCCAAUGGCGGGGAUUCCAGUAGUGGUGGUGGGCUUAUCAACAUUCCGAGCCAUGGUUUAAUUCAUGGCAGUCAUGAGGUGAGCCCCCAAGAGAGUCCAACCAGGUUGGCUUCCUCUCCUUCUGGUGUCCUGCAGAAGGCUUUGGUUUCGCUUUCUGACAGCAGUAAUGGCAGCAGUCCUACUCUUGCUGCUACCUCCCGAUCCUAGAUUGCUCUCCAGUGGAUAAACCAGCCCAAGCAAUAGUUCUCUUUUUCUUGUUAUGCAGUUGCUGUUUUCUUGUUUGUUUAUUUUGUUCUUAUCUUUCGGUUGUAUGUUGUUGCUCUCUGGUGUUUUGUUGGAGUGGAACUUGUCAGAAGUGAGGAGACUGGUAAUCUGUUGGCCUACUGACAUGGGUUUCCAAUGCAAAGUCAUCUGCAUUGAGAAGUGGAAACAGUUGAUGAUGCUCAGUUUUCUGCUUCUCUAAAGUAAUCCGCUUCGCUCUGGGAAGCAGAGAGAUCUGGUUUCCUUCAGAAUUUGUCAGUGAAGAGUGAGUGGCAAAAUGUUCUCUAUAUAUGGUUUGAGAUUAAUUCCGGGAAAAUUGGCAGGAUGAAACUCGUAUAUGAAUUGAUUCUCAUUAGUGUAACAUCUGGAGACCUACCGGCCAUGGUAGUAAUGGGAAGUACUGAAAUGAUUUAUAUUUUUUUUGGACAUGGAAGACCUUAAACUGAAUUAGACUCUAGUAGGCUAUGGCUUGAGAUCUUCUGAAGGCAAUUUCACAGGGAAAUUGCUAAUAAGACUUCUUUAUAUUUGGAGGUGUCAUUUCACACUUUGUGUCAGAGCUUUGAAUCCCUGAAAAGAUGAAAAUCUUGUAGC